AUGUCGAGUCUCGCAUUUCGGGGGUCACACAAUUCUCCACUGGGAGCGUCUGUACCAGUCGGUGGGAUGUCCAUUGAACUUAAGAUGGCUGGGUAUAUGAUGUCAGGCUUCGAGCUAAACGGCCCGGCUGCUGUGCUUCUUGGGACUACAUCAACUGGCUUUGAUGUCUCGUGGGACCCUCCUACUGGACCUUACACGGAUUCAAUUACCCAGUAUGAGAUCUUGUACUGGGACAAGGAUGAAGAAUGUGCAUUUAUUACGAGUGCAGGCUUCCUCAGCUCCCCUGCACGUAUCAAGUGCCUUGUACCUGGACAUCGCUAUCUUGUAGCGCCAAUUACUUGGAAUGCUGCUGGUGGAGAAUUUCCUAAAAUCGUGAGCAGCGUUAUGGUCGGCAGGGGGACACCACCGCCAUCUUCUGGCCUAGAGAUAUAUGCUAACUACCCAACUACGGUUGAACUAACCUGGGCUGCCUCUCCCAACGCCGCAGGGUAUCGGCUAUGGUCACACAAUGUCAACAAGCCAGACAACAUAUCGCAGGCACAAAAUAAUACUGUUGAGAUGACCUGCAGCGACCAAUAUCCCCUCUUCCCGGGAACUUGGAAUUACGACUGGUGUGUUAGCGCAUACAACGGCAAUGCCGAGUUUGCGAAAGGAAAAUGCGUGCUUGACCCUUCUCCCAGGCCUUCUCCAGCACAGAAAAGAUGUCCACCCCCACCUGAAUGGUGUCCAGCUGGAAGCGGCCCCAAGUUCCCUGGGGGCGGCGGAGGCGGCAGCGAAGAUUCGACCCCAACAGGCCCGGAUGGACCGGUUCCUACCAACUCUAGCAGACCCCUGGCUUAUCAGCACCAAUGGCUAGUGCAAAGGCCCUGA